GAUACAGAUAAUCAAGAUAAGAAAGUGAUCGAAGCUAUUGAAGAUUAUUACGACUUUCAGCAGACAUAUUUAAAGGCAUUAAUAAACUCUGUUCCGAUAGAUACAAUUAAAGAAAUUUGGAAACUAAUGGUAGAGAAUCCAAGUGUGCUAUUUCAUGUGAUGCUAAUGCCAACAAGAUGGUUCAAAGAUGAUUCAUGGAACUGCUUAGAAAUAAUUUCUAAAGAGCUAUUUGUCAAAGCUGAGGCUCAAGUGACAGAUAGCGAAGGCCAGACUUUAACUGUGAGAUUAAUUGAUAGUCAUGUAUAUAAUGUUAAUGAUGUUAAUGAUCCAUUGGUACGUCAGAGUAAGGGUAGACCAGCCACUAAACGUUUGAAGGCUUUCAAUGAAGAAAAUGGCAGUGCAAAUCCCAAAAAGGUGUAA